AUGACAAUCAAACAAGAAACUCAAGUGGAGGCGAGCGUGGUGUUGGCUGACCCUGCUCUGCUUGAUAAAAUUGACAAAUUAUUCGCUUGCAAUGUGGGAGAGUACAUCAACUUACCACAACUAGUUGUUGUCGGAGAUCAAUCUAGUGGGAAAAGCUCUGUACUGGAGGGCCUGACGAAAUUGAAAUUUCCCCGAAAUAGUGGUCUGUGUACUCGGUUUGCGACCCAAAUCAUUUUUCGAAGAGAUCCAAGCUUGAAAAGGCGGAGAAUCGAUGGAUCCAUCAUUUCAACAGGACACGGCGAUGGAAACGAAAGUGAUAGCUGGAGUAGGUCCGACAUUGAGUCCUUGAACGAGAAAGAAUUCGAGACUAUGAUGAAUGAGGUUCACCAAGCGAUGGGCCUCUCAGGGUCAAUGGGAGACGACCUGCCCACGUUUUCUCUCGAUGUCCUGCGGUUGGAGAUAAUUGGGCCUCAUGAAAACCAUCUUAGUGUCAUUGAUGUUCCCGGAAUUUUCAAAACCACAACACCUGGCUUGACUUCAAAGUCAGACAUCACCCUUGUGAGGGAAAUGGUGCUCAACUACAUGCGAAAUCCUCGGUCAAUAAUGCUUGCCGUUGUUCCAGCCAAUGUGGAUAUUGCAACACAAGAGAUAAUCGAACUCGCCAGAGAGCAAGACCCGGACGGAACCAGAAACUUACGCAUCCUGACCAAACCAGACCUUGUCGACAAAGGUGCAGAAGAUAGGAUUGUUGAACUUGUGGAGGGGAAGCAGGAAUCCCAAGAAUUAGGCUGGGUGGUAGUUCGAAACCUUGGCCAGAAGGACCUCCAGGACUCUUCAAAAGACCGUGAUGUCGAAGAAGAGAUCUUCAGCAAUUCACCCCCUUGGAACCGCCUCUCAAAAGAUAACUACGGCAUCGAGGCUUUGAGGACGAGGUUGCAAGCACUUUUGGCCUCCAACGUGCGGCGAGAGUUUCCAUCGGUUAGUUUUUUCUGCAAGUACUGGAAUACGAAGUUCGACCACUGA